GAAUUAGGUUUCGUUAGCAUUAAUCAUCAGCUUUGAGCGACAUCGUAUCGUCUGCUUGUCGUGAGAUCUUUGCGACGAAAAUAAUCGUUCAGAUAGUACGGCUAUGGAUUUUCAAUCAUCUUAACGUGUGAUGAUAAGGAGUGGUCAUUUCGUGAAUGGAGAUGGACUCGAACGGCGCUUUGUACUCGGUGAGAAGCGGGUCGCUUCUCAAGAGGAGCGCGUCUUCAGUGACCCCUCCAACGGAAGAUGCCCGCGCAACCAUGUGUGCUUUGGGUUCGGGAUCAACAGAGUCUGCUGUUCGUCGCCCCUUGCUUUCGUCCAGUGGCCUGGGUUACCGUUAUGCCGGUUUGGAUAGAUUUGUCAACAGACCUCGCGUCUAUGAAUCAUUGACGGAUGUGGUUCAGAAUGACGUAUCGCCACAGCCGACUCUGUCGUCGAAGAGGGAGUUGUUUUUCCGCGACGGGCCCUCAGCAGUGUCUACUGGUGGCACGACGGGGGCGGCCAGCCUCCUGGGUUCUGGGGCUGCUCUCACGUCCACCAACGUGGCCUCUCUCAGUAACACCAACACUUCCAAGAGCCAGAAGGAGCUGACCUCCUCGGGCGGCUAUGGGGAUACGGGAAGUCUUACCACUACGGGUUCCUCUUCCGUGGGAAGCAAGGACGUGGAAGGAAGCUACGUGGGAUUUGCCAGUCUACCUGACCAGGUGUAUCGAAAGGCCGUCAAAAAGGGCUUCGAGUUUACUCUCAUGGUUGUGGGUGAAUCGGGCCUCGGUAAAUCAACCCUCAUCAAUUCCAUGUUUCUCACGGACAUUUACUCAAAUGAGUACCCUGGACCAUCUCAUCGGGUGAAAAAGACCGUUGAAGUUGAAACGACUCGUGUAGUGCUCAGGGAAGGCGGUGUUAAUCUCACGCUCACCAUUGUAGACACGCCUGGUUUUGGGGAUGCUGUAGACAACACACAGUGCUGGCAGCCUAUAAUUGACUAUGUGGAGGCCAAGUAUGCUGAGUACCUCGAUGCAGAGUCACGAGUUCACCGGUCUACAGUUCCUGAUAAUAGGGUUCACUGUUGCCUCUAUUUCAUCAUGCCAUCAGGACACGGCUUGAAGCCACUUAAUAUUGAAUUUAUGAAACGGCUUCAUGACAAGGUUAACAUCAUUCCUAUCAUUGCCAAAGCAGACACCAUGACCCCCGAAGAGUGUAGCCUUUUUAAAAGAACAAUUUUGAAUGAAAUUGCUCAAAACAAGAUACGUCUUUAUGAAUUUCCUGAAUGUGAUGAUGAUGAUGAAAACAAGCAUCUUAAGGGGCUCAAGGAACGGGUGCCAUUUGCUGUUGUGGGCAGCAACACAAUUGUGGAGGUCAAUGGGAAACGAGUCAGGGGUCGGAAGUACCCUUGGGGCGUUGCAGAAGUGGAAAACAUGGAACAUUGUGACUUCAUUGCCUUGCGAAAUAUGCUCAUAAGGACACACAUGCAAGACCUCAAAGAUAUUACCAACAAUGUCCAUUAUGAGAAUUUCCGCUGCAGAAAGUUGGCAGGUGUUGGUGGAGGUGGGGAUGGAGGUUCUGCACGAUCUAAUAAUUCUUGCUCUCAAAGGAUACUGAACACCCAAAUGGUGUUCUGGAACCCCUUGGCCCAAAUGGAAGAAGAGAAGAAGGACCAUGAUGCCAAGAUGCAGCGGAUGGAGAAGGAGAUGGAGCAAGUAUUCGAAAUGAAAGUGAGGGAGAAAAUGCAGAAGCUCAAGGAGUCUGAGGCAGACCUACAAAGGAGACAUGAACAGAUGAAAAAAAGUCUAGAACAGCAAAGACAGGAAUUGGAGGAAAAGAGGCGCAAUUUUGACAAAGAAAAGGCAUCCUUUGAGCUCACACACAAGGACUUUGAUGAUGUCUUGCGCAAAAUGUCUGCAGAUACCAACUCCAAAGAAUUACGCAGGUGCGUGUCCGACGACCGCUUCACUAGGCACAAAUGCACGCAGUACACCAUGCCAGUCAGAAAGAACUGCAGACAGAUGUAGCAUGCCCUUUGGUCUCUGCUUCUUCUUUUGCACUUCAAAUGAGCCAACCUACCUAGUCAGCAUCUUCCUUGAAGAAUUUUGUUUACAACCUCUUCUGUUGCCUUUGCAAGUUUCUUUGCUUUGUUUUUCUUGUUUUUGUUUAUGCCAGUUUUCCUUUCUUUGAGUGAAACUCUCCUUUUAUGAUUUUAUUCUCAUUUGGACAAUUCACAUGAAAACAUGCUCUGGAAGUGUUAUCGCCAGCCGAAAACUAUUUGUGACAUCACUGCUUAUUUGUACUAUGAGCGUAUUGUAAGUGUUUAUUAUCACAGUCAAGGAGGAAACAGGAUGAAUGCCUUGAGGAGAAAGAUCAAUAGGGGUUUCAACCAUAGCUGUAAUGAGGCUAUGUCAUAAGUAGGGCUCCACCUUUUUGAUUUAAACAAAAAAAAGUCAAUAAAUACGAGCUGAUAAAUUUUUUGACUAUCCAAUGAAUCAGAAGUGACCAUCUAAUGUACACGUAUAUGAAACAAAGAUUACUUUAUCCUCAGUACCCUAAUAGCUGGGAACGUGCAGGAUUGACCUUGUUCCCUCAUCCCGUGAGUUUGGCACACUUGAUUCAGUUGCCACUAAAUUUGGUUUGUACCACUUGCGUAUCGUGAAAGCUGUCCACCCUCCUGUUAGCUGCGAGCUCUUUCUCAGUGGGUAAACAAAUUAUAUACAGCAGCGUUAACUGAAAAACACUGUCUUCUCAAAGAAAAUUAAGCACUGAAAAACAUGCACCAAAAUCGACGCAUAAUAAACACCAAUAAUGUGGAAGCCUAGUCAUAACCACAGACUGAUUGUUGCCUAAUCUUGUUGAAAAAAGAAAAAAUACAUAGAAUUUUAGAGUUCUAUACUAGGAAGCACUUGUAAAAGAUUUCACAUCUAGUUAAUACUACAGAUAGAAGUCCACAGCGUCUUAACAGCAAACAUGUUCAUAGCCGUGCUCCACACUGUCAUUUAAAAAGCAGAUUUUUUUUCUUCUUGGUAUUGUAAAUUGUUAUUUUUUUAUUUGUUUUUUACAAAAAAGUUUGUUUGCAUUUCUAUGUCCUCAUUUUAUAUGGUACCAGUGUGCAUUUUUCAAAAAUGUCACAAAUAGAUGGAAGUGCACAGUGUGGAAACAUAGGAAGGAGUAAAUGAUACCCUAUUCCAAAUGUUUACUGUCGUUACAAUCUGUUUUCUUAAAAAACAACACUAUCUUUUGUCGAGCAUACUUUCCAGUCAUAUGUUUGUAAUAUGCUUAAAUGUAGCCCGUUUAGAAUCAGUGUAAUCAACAUCGUGCCUUACUCCUACGUUCUUGAUCCCGUGUUUUUCUAGGACGUAGUACAGGGCAUUCUAACGUUUACAUUUGUUUCUGCACCUCCUUCAGUGUUUCCAUAUCUUGCAAUGGUGAAGAGUUUUGUCUUUUGCUUUAUUUAUGCACUCAAAUCCGGGUGGAGCUAUCUCAUAAACGGAAUAGAAAGUAUAAUUUUUCGGCUAAGUCUAUCUCUGUUGGCAGUAUAAUUCGAAAGCCACUGGCCUUGGCGUUGGCUGAGUACACUCUCAUUAGCUCCCAGUAGAGAUGCAACCAAUUUCUGGUUAUUUUUUAACUGUAACAACAGCAGAGGUAAAGCGAAUUUGACUGAGCCUUGAGCGCGGCCUAAUGGAAAUGCGUCUAGCUGAAGCAAUAGCUGAUGGUUCUUGAAUGGUAUUGCCCAUAGAAAUACACAUAGCUCAAAAAUUAUACUCAUCCUAGUUGUCUUAUGACAUAACCAGCUUCUUACUCCUCAAGCCAAACAGAAAACGUGUUUUUACGAACUUUCAUCAUCACAGUGUGCACAAAGGUUACAGGAAGUACAGAAGAUACUGUAAAGUUUUUCUCUAGACACCCUGUACUUAAAAAACUAUUUAAAGAUCAGGAAGUGUUCUUGCCUGUCAA